AUGAGUCAGCUGGCGACGCCGCCCCCUCCUUAUUACUAUCUUCCAAUAAACUUAAGGCCCGACACGCUCGGGAACCCCGAUUGGAUGAACAAGGGCGACAACGCGUGGCAGCUCACGGCCGCGACGCUUGUCGGGUUACAAAGCGUCCCCGGGCUGAUCAUCUUGUACGGAGGGGCUGUGAAGAAGAAAUGGGCGGUGAAUUCGGCUUUCAUGGCGUUGUAUGCAUUUGCCUGUGUUUUAAUCUGUUGGGUUUGUUGGGGAUACCAGCUCUCUUUCGGGGACCAAUUGAUCCCCAUAUGGGGGAAAGUUAAUGUCGCGCUGGAACAGAAGUACUUGUUGCGCCAGGCGUUCUUGGGGAAUUUCCCGAAUGCGACAAUGGUUUUUUUCCAGUUUGUUUUCGCGGCCAUCACUUUGGUUUUGAUCGCGGGUGCCCUUUUGGGAAGGAUGAAUUUUUAUGCGUGGAUGCUGUUUGUGCCUCUCUGGCUCACGUUUUCUUACACCGUUGGAGCUUACUCGAUUUGGUCACUUAAUGGCUGGUUAUCUACUGCUGGUAUGAUUGAUUAUUCUGGUGGUUAUGUUAUCCAUUUAUCCUCUGGAAUUGCUGGUUUCACAGCGGCUUAUUGGGUUGGUCCUCGUAUGACCAAAGACAGACAAAAUUUCCCACCAAACAACAUCCUCCUAAUGUUAGCUGGUGCUGGUCUCCUAUGGAUGGGUUGGACCGGGUUCAAUGGUGGAGACCCUUACAUGGCCAGUACGGAUGCAUCUUUGGCUGUCUUGAACACUCAUGUUUGUACCGCAGCUAGUUUACUCACAUGGCUUAUACUCGACAUCGUCUUCUUUGGUAAACCUUCUGUAAUUGGUGCUGUCCAGGGGAUGAUUACUGGAUUAGUUUGUAUCACUCCUGCUGCUGGUGUUGUUCAAGGAUGGGCAGCAAUACUAAUGGGAAUUUGCUCGGGAGGAAUCCCUUGGUUCACCAUGAUGGUAGUACACAAGAAAUCCGAGUUACUUCAAAGGGUCGAUGACACAAUGGCUGUUUUCCACACACACGCCAUUGCCGGGAGCCUCGGAGGAAUCCUCACCGGUCUUUUUGCGGAACCAAAUCUGUGCAACAUAUUCUACGGAAAGUAUGCAGACUACUUGGGACUUUUCUAUGGUUUCCACCUCGGGGACUUUCGCCGCGGGUUUAGACAAAUAGGACUUCAGCUUCUUGGAGUGUUGUUUGUGGUUGUGCUCAAUGUUGUGAUGACAAGCUUAAUAUGUCUCUUGAUCCAAGUCUUUGUUCCACUUAGAAUGUCGGAGGAAGAUAUGGAAGUUGGUGAUGAAGCUGCCCAUGGUGAAGAAGCUUAUGCUAUUUGGGGUCAAGGUGAAAGAUUGGAUAGCACAAGGUUUGCUACAAAUGAUCUUGAACUUGGAAGUAAGUCGCAGAUUCAGAUGACAUGA